CAACAACCUCGCCCAAAGACGCAUUCCGAUGCUACCACAAUAGAUCUUAAGCAGACUCUCUUCUGCACCUUCCAUUGGCAUACCGUCGACUACUUCACCCCAUCAUCUAAUGCCCGCCCAGUGCUCUGGCUGAAAGAUUAUCAGAAUUCACAUUGCGCCUCUGUAAAGAGGCCGCGGUUCCUCGAGUGUAGCGCCUCCUGGCCUCCGAUCCUCCUUCGAAUUGUCCAUUCCUGCCAACAUGGUACGACUACGAGAGAUUCCUCGCACGGCAGCGUUGGCCUGGUCCUCCGGCCCGGCCAAACCGCUUCUUGUCACUGGCACCCGUGCUGGUGCCGUCGACGAUAGCUUCUCCGACGAGGUCAAGCUGGAGCUGUGGGACCUGAACCUGGAUGACCAGGCGCAGGGACUCGAGCUGCAGCCCAUCGCUAGCAUCGCCGCGGAUUCAAAGUUUCAUGACCUGGCCUGGGGACCACCAGACGAGACGCACCCUCGAGGCAUCAUCGCUGGCGGGCUUGAGAAUGGUUCAUUGCAUCUGUGGGAUGCCGAGAAGCUGAUAUCUGGAGCGUCGGACGCCGAAAUAGCACAUACCUCGAAGCACAGUGGCGCGAUCAAGUCCCUCCAAUUCAAUCCUCUGAAGCCUCAAAUCCUAGCUACCGCCGGCGACAAGGGCGAGCUAUGGAUCCACGACGUCAACGACAUAGAAAACCCGCUCCGUCUGGGCAAUGCUGCGGCCCGGUCGGACGAUAUCGAGUGUGUUGCGUGGAACAGGAAGGUCUCACAUAUCCUGGCAACAGGCGGCUCUGGAGGCUUCGUCACCGUCUGGGACCUGAAGACCAAGAAGGCGUCCCUGACACUUAACAACAACCGCAAGCGAGUGAGCGCUAUCGCAUGGGAUCCGCAGAACUCCACGAAGCUCCUGACGGCGACCCCUGAUGACAGUGCGCCCGUCAUUCUCCUUUGGGAUCUGAGGAACUCCAACGCGCCUGAACGGACGUUGCAGGGACACGAGCAGGGAGUGCUGUCCCUGUCGUGGUGUGAGCAGGACAGUGAUCUGUUGAUUUCCUCUGGCAAGGACAACCGAACUGUCAUAUGGAACCCUCAGACCGGCGAGCGGUACGGCGAGUUUCCGGAAGUAACCAACUGGACCUUCUUGACCCGAUUCAACCCUCAUAAUCCCUCGCUGUCGGCUACGGCCUCCUUCGACGGCAAAAUCGCCAUUCAAACGCUGCAGAAUACCAAUGCGUCGACCGCGCAGGCUGCCGCACAAAAUAAUCUCGACGGCGAGGACUUCUUCACCAGUGCGCAAACACAGCCUCAAGGGUCGUCGUUCUCUCUUCCCAAGGCCCCAGUCUGGAUGCAAAGACCAGUCGGCGCCUCCUUUGGUUUCGGCGGAAAAGUUGUCGUUUUCAGGAAGAACACCGUUGCGAGUGGGCAUCCUCGCUCAUCAAAGAUCUCCAUCUCCCAGUUUUCCGUUGACUCCGACGUUUCCGCCCAGGCCGAGAAGUUUGAGACUGCGGUCCAGAGCGGAGACCUCAAGCAAAUCUGUCAGUCACACUUGGAGCAGGCUAAGACUGAUGAUGAGAAGGCCGACUGGCUUGUCAUGGACACACUCGUUGCAGAGGACCCUCGGCAGCAGGUCAUUAGCCACCUCGGGUUUUCGAAGGACGAGGAGGUGACCAACGGCGGCGACGAGGAGGAGACGCCGGAGGACGAGGGGCCAGAAACACCCAAAGAGAAUGGAGUUAAGAAAGGCUCGCACAAGCGAAUGACAAGCAUUUUCGAUGGCGCUGACGGCGAUGACUUCUUGUCGGGCUUGGCCGCCAACAAAGGCGCAAAGACAGAGGAUCCGUUCCAUCUUCUCAGCGAAGGCAAUACUGCCCUGGAGGACCAGGUUACCAAAGCUCUGAUGCUCGGCAACUUUGCCAAAGCUGCAGACAUCUGCCUCAAGGAGGAUCGCAUUGCAGAUGCUUUCAUAAUCGCUAACUGUGGUGGAAAGGAGCUCGUUGACAAAGUGCAGGCAGCUUACCUUUCCAACAAGAAGGGUAGCCCCAGCUACCUCCGCCUCUUGAGCUCGGUGAUUGCCGGAAACCUCUGGGACGUUGUUUACAACGCGGAUCUGUCCAACUGGAAGGAGACCAUGGCCACGCUGUGCACUUUUGCGCAGCCGAACGAGUUCCCCGACCUCUGCGAGGCGCUCGGCGAUCGUAUUCUUGAGUCGGGCUCACGCAAGGAUGCCUCUUUCUGCUACCUGGUAGGCUCGAAACUCGAGAAGGUCGUGUCCAUCUGGAUCGAGGAGCUCGCGGAGACUGAACAGGCCGAGAUGAAGGAGCCUAGUGAAGACUCAACGUUCUCGGUGCAUGCCAGGUCUCUCCAACAGUUCAUCGAGAAAGUCACAAUUUUCAGGCAUGUGACCAAGUUCCAGGACUCCGAGAUUGGUCAGUCCUCGGACUGGAAGCUAUCGGCGUUGUACGACAAGUACGUCGAGUACGCAGACAUCGUUGCGGCCCACGGCCUCUUGCCUGUUGCUCAGAAGUACCUCGAUCUCUUGCCUUCAAGCUACGCUGCGGCGGAGGUCGCCAGGAACCGCGUCAGGCUGGCAACUCAGAAGAGCACUGCUCAGCCAACUGUUCGCCAGCCAGCGACAGCAUCACGGACAGCAUCUCGGGCACAACCUUCUCGGGCACAACCUGUCGGCUACCAGCCGCCUCAACCAGCUGCCCCGGUUGGUACGAACCCGUAUGCGCCCCCUGCACCGGUCCAGACUCCAGCUGCAAACCCGUACGCCCCUCCGGCACCGGUCCAGACACCAUCUGCGAACCCGUACGCUCCGCCUACGACGAUGCCCGCUGCGAACCCUUACGCACCACCCGGAGUGACUCCUGCGGCCAAUCCGUAUGCCCCGUCUCCAUCCGCGACGUUUGGCCAACCUCAGCAAAGCUACGGCGCAUUUGGGCAGCCGCCGAUUGCGCCUCCACCAAUGGCUGGCCCUCCGAGAGCUGGAACCCCAAGCUCCAACCCGCCUCUUCUCCGGGCGAAGGACGUGGGCGACUGGAACGAUGUGCCGAUGGUAACGAAAGUGCCGACCCGGAAGUCCACGCCCCGAACGGCUCCAAUCAACUCGCCAUUCCCUGGCCAGCAGGGUCCUGCUGCGGUGCCACCACCGCCUCAGAGCCCUUAUGGAGCUCCACCUCGCGCCACGCCGACUCCUCCUCCGCCACCACCAAAGGCGGGCCAGGCUGGGCCGCCUCGAGUUACCUCACCCCUGACGGGACCACCUCAGGCGCGACCUCCGCCCACGGCCUCGAACGCGUAUGCACCUCCACCAGGCGCAGCCGCGCCCCGGACAGCGUCUCCGUAUGGUGCGCCCCCAGCUGGGCCACCGCAGUCAAGUAGAUACGCUCCCGCACCAGCUGCACAGCAGUUCUCUCAGCCACCAGCUGCGACGAUGCCUCCGCCUGCCGCCGCCAGCCGGCCGCCGCCAGCAAACCCCUAUGCGGCGCCUCCGGCCGGGCCAGGCCAGACUGUGCCGUCACCAUAUGCCCCGGCUGCCACACCAACAAACCAGCCGCCCGUGGCGCCGCCGCCAUCAUCAUUCGGCCCUCCGCCAACUGCUCAGUCAAGUGCGACGCCGCCGCCGCCAAGGUCCGCGCCAUCACCAGCUGCUGCUCCCCCUAAGGCCAGGCACCCGGCCGGAGACCGAUCGCACAUCCCCGCCAGCGCUCAAGCCAUGGUCGAUAUCCUGAGCCGCGACAUGCAAAGGGUUGCAUCCAAGGCGCCACAAAACUUUGCCCCUCAAGUGAAGGACACGCAGAAGCGGCUGAACCUGCUGUUCGACCAUCUUAACAAUGAGGAGCUGGUCAAGCCAGACACGAUUGCGCAGCUCUCGCAGCUGGCCAACGCACUCGAAUCCAAGAACUACACCGAGGCUCAUCAAAUCCAGGUGAACAUCCACGAGAACAAGACGGAGGAGUGUGGUAAUUGGAUGGUCGGAAUCAAGAGGCUGGUCAGUAUGAGCAAGGCCACUCCUUGAAAUUUUAGAGCGACGAGACCGCCUCUUUCAUAAGUGUGGCCAUUGUUAGGCAUCAAGAGUAGAAUAGCCUAGAUCAAAAUCGAAGAGACAUUAGCUUCUCGCCGAGUGAACCCUGCAGUGGCUGUCCUGAAGUCCCCC